UUUAACCAAUGGCAUUCUUAUGUAAAAAGAGUGCAGCAACAGUGAAUUCACAAUUUGCUUUAAUGGAUUCGAACAUUUGAACAGUCUUUUUGUAACUUUUUCCACCGAAGGAAUGUGUUUCUGACACCGGACGUAGUUGUGGGAUUUAACCAGAAACCCCAGUGAUCUACAUAAUUGGCCGACAUUUAUUUGAAACUUGCUGUCCCUGAGUAUUGCUGAAUGAAGUGAUUCUGCAGUCAAUAUGGAUUCUGAUGUGCUGACACUUUGUAUUUGUUGUGGACAGCCACACCUUCCUCAGGAAAAUCAUUCAUAUGAUUACCAGGAUGAAAUCGAUGAUGAUCUCGUAUGUCACAUCUGCCUCCAACCCUUGGUGCAACCGCAGGAUACACCAUGUGGUCAUACUUACUGUACUUUAUGCCUUACCAAUUUCCUUUUGGCCAAAGACUUCUGUCCCAUGGAUAGGAAGCCCUUGUGUAUGAAGGUGUGCAAGAAAUCAAGCUUCCUAGUGCAAAAACUGCUGGAUAAAUUAAUGGUUGCCUGUCCAUUUAAAGAACACUGCACUGGAGUAAUGCAGCGCUGCGAACUAGAACUUCAUCUUCGUCGCAAGUGCAAUGGAGCAAUCCAAUGUGGGCUCUUAGGAGAACGCAAGAGACAUUCACGAGAAGAUUCUUCGACAAGCGACACAGGUUUUGACUCUGGGGCUACAGUGGAUGACAAUGACAUGGCCACACCGGUACUGUCACCACAACUAUCAGCAUCUGCAGCUGUGGACUUACAGACGAAUGACCCAGUUCCGAUGAAUCCAGAAUCUGUUGCAAAUGCAGAGGACAGCCAGUCAGAAAGCAAUUGCAGUGCCCACAGCAAGAAUAGUGUCAAGAAACACCAACCUUUAGAACGCACUCCUUUGAGGAGCAGAUCCUUUAAAAAGCUGCAUCAUGCUUUCAGCUAUCUCCGUAAAGCCAAUGUUCCAAAUCCAGUUAACAGUGAUCCUGGAGAGGAUAUGCAGACUGCUGCACUUCCUGAAGAAGUCUUCAUGGUAAAUGGUACUGACCUAAGCAGUGUACCUCACAGCUAUGCUCUGGCAAUAUUGAAACAGCCCUGCCAUAUCCUGCUGCUGAGUGUGCUCCGGGAACAGCUCUUUCAAUGCAGAAGCAUCGUUGAUCAUAACUGCUCCCGAGAUGAUAGCUUCCACAUUAUUCUCCACAAGAGUGCAAAUCAGCCCCUGGGAAUAAAGCUGGUCCGCAGGCCUGAUGAAGCUGGGGUUUUUAUCUAUAGAUUACUUGACGGAGGCCGAGCAGCCCAAGAUGGCCAGCUCCAAGUAAAUGACAGAGUGCUGGCUGUAAAUGGACAUGAUCUCCGGCGUGUGUCUCCUGAAAUUGCAGCACAUUAUAUACAGGUGAGUGACGAUCGAGUACAUUUUGUUGUGUCGCGAAAGACCAGGGAACAGACCCCUGAUAUCUUGCAAGAGAGUGCUUGGAACGGCAGCAUUCAAAUCAGCCCUGCAGUACGAAACAUACACAACAAGAAUUUUGGUCAUGUCUUCACGUGCCAUGAAAAGAUCAUCAGUGUUAGCAAAGGAGCUCAUGAGACCUUGGGGAUGACAGUAUCAGGAGGUCUGUUGAGCAAAGGCUGGAACCUCCCGAUCUAUGUUACAAAUGUACAUCCUGAUGGCUGCUUGGGGAAUGAUGGCAGAAUAAAGAAGGGUGACAUUUUGUUGGAUAUAAAUGGCAUUGAACUAACUGGCUUGACACAAAGUGAAGCUGUAUCCAUAAUAAAGAACAGUGCUGCCUCCUCUUCAGUUGUUUUUAAAGCUUUAGAACUGAGGUUGGCAGAAAAAGACAAUGUCCAUAGCCAAAUGCCAAUAACCAAUCAAGACACAUUGUCUGAAGAUGACUGGUCACCAUCAUGGAACAUGUGGCUUGGAUUGCCUCGGUACCUUUUUUGGUGCAAAGACAUUGGACUGAGAAGAAAUACAUCUGGCAGUCUGGGAUUGAGCAUUGUAGGUGGAUAUGAGGAAAACAAUGGGAGUCAACCAUUUUUCAUAAAAUCCAUUGUUGAUGGAAUGCCAGCUUAUAAUGAUGGAAGACUGAGGUGCGGAGAUAUGAUUUUGGCUGUCAAUGGAAAGAGUACGUCAGGAAUUAGUCAUCCACGUCUGGUGAAGAUGCUGAAGGAAGCAAGGGGAAAGGUUAUGCUCACUGUGGUGUCCUGGCCUGGCAGCCACCUAUAGAUUAGUUACAUCAACUUGUCAUGAAAAGAACCACAAAGGCUACUAAUUCAGCAUACAGGCAAUAACACUGAAAUGGCUUUAUAUAGUUCUGACAACUUAUAAAGCUUACUAGCGUUUUCAGGAGUUCCUUUGCUUUUUAAAUUAUAUUUUCUGAUAAAAACUCUUAGUUUAAGCACUCAUAGGGACUGGAUAUUUAAAAAUGAUUAAGGAACUCAAAUCAGUCAAUGCAUCUUAUUCGUGCAAUUCUAAUCCAGUUGCAGAGGGAU